CACCUCAACACAGUUUUUUAAUUGACGCGCCAAACACUUUUUUUCAUUAGAACUCACAGCACAGCACCACAGUUUUAGAACUCACAGCACAGCACCACAGCAGCUGAAAACCCAACACACGCCCAAACACGAUGUUCCUCAAUAGCUUCUCUCCACUCACCGCUUUUGUUCUCUCCACUGAAUACUUCCCGUCAAUUCCCGGCUUUGGUUGCCACCGCGACCACCGGGAAACUUAAUGCGGUCUCGAGGGCUUUCAUCGGGUGAGAAGAAAUCCGGUGGUCGGAGAGAUAUGCCGGCGAAAGAGAGAAUUGAACACGACAGAGCAUCACUUUCAGUUUUUUGUUUCUUUUUUGCCCAGCCGCAUUACCAAUUUUGUAAUUUCGCGCAAGGUAAUUUUGUAAAUUUGUCAGCAAAGUUUGGCUCUUUAACAUCACUCUCUGAGUGUGGCGUCCCGUAGUUUCCUUGCCCUGCAAAUGAACGGUGUCUGUUAUUUACGUAAAUGCCACAAUCUUCGUUCUCUGCCCGCCACCAAACUGACCGCCAGCUGUCUUUUUUCCUCUUCCUCCGUCGCCGACGAAUCAUGGGUUUCUGUGCCUGGCAACCCACUUAUCAAGUGGCCUCAACCUUCAAACGGUCUUCCCUGGGCUCCACCUCCACCACCACCAGCAGCACCACUUACGUCCCCUGAACAAAGCCUGUCGUCAAACCCUAGCCCUAGCUAUCAAAAACAUGACUUUACCACUCUCUGCUCCCUCCUUAAAGACCCAUCUUUACUAGCCGGUCCAACCUUGGAAUCCGCGUUGGACAGCACGGGGAUUGAACCGGCUUCGGCUCUUUUGGAAGCCGUGUUUGAUUAUUUCGAUUCUUCUCCUAAGUCGCUUCACACCCUGUUUCAAUGGGCAUUGAAGCAACCGGGGUUUCAAUCCUCUCCGGCACUGUUCAAUUUGAUGAUCAAUCUGCUUGGGAAAAUGAGGGAGUUCGAUUCUGCGUGGUCCUUGGUUCUUGACCGGAUUGGUACAAAUGAGGGGCUCGAGCUGGUUUCGUGCGAUACCUUUGUGAUUAUGAUCAGAAGGUAUUCCCGCGCAGGAAUGACACAACCUGCAAUUCGAACAUUUGAAUAUGCAAGCACUCUAGAUUUAAUUCGUAAUUCUGAUUCGGUGACAAAUUUGUUAGAGAUUUUGUUGGAUUCUCUUUGUAAAGAAGGCCAUGUUAGGGUGGCUUCGGAAUACUUUGACCGGAAGAAGGAACUUGAUCCAAAUUGGGUUCCUACAAUUCGGGUUUACAAUAUACUACUGAAUGGGUGGUUCAGAUCAAGGAAACUAAAACAUGCAGAAGGACUUUGGAAGGAUAUGAGAAAUAAGAAUGUGACCCCUAAUGUUGUCACAUAUGGUACCAUUGUGGAAGGUUACUGUAGGAUGCGUCGUGUUGACAAGGCAAUGUCAUUAGUGCAUGAAAUGAGGAGGGAAGGAAUUGAACCAAAUGCUAUAGUGUACAAUCCAAUUAUCGAUGCUUUAGGGGAAUCUGGUAGGUUCAAGGAGGUUUCAUGGAUGAUGGAACGUUUGUCAGUGUGUGUAUCUGGACCAACUAUUUCGACUUACAAUUCUUUGGUGAAGGGCUAUUGCAAGGCUGGAGAUCUUGUCGGUGCUAGUAAGAUCCUUAAGACCAUGAUUAGUCGGAGUCUCAUCCCAACGCCUACAACAUAUAACUACUUUUUCAGAUACUUCUCCAAAUUUAGAAAAAUUGAGGAGGGGAUGAACCUUUAUACCAAGAUGAUCAAAUCAGGGCAUGGUCCAGAUCGGCUGACUUACCAUCUUCUGGUGAAGAUGUUAUGCGAGGAACAGAGAUUGGAUUUGGCAGUUCAAGUUAGUGUGGAAAUGAGAUCUAGAGGAUAUGACAUGGACCUAGCUACUGGAACCAUGCUGAUUCAUUUACUUUGUAGAAUGCAUAAAUUGAAGGAGGCUUUUGCAGAGUUUGAGGACAUGCUACGGAGGGGUAUAGUGCCUCAGUAUCUUACUUUCCAGCUAUUGAACAAUGAACUAAAGCAACAAGGAAUGAAUGACAUGGCACAUAAACUAUGUGGUUUGAUGUCUUCUGUACCUCAUCCAACAAACCUGCCCAAUACUUAUCGUGCCAACGGGGAUCCAUCACGCACAAGGAGAUCAUCUAUAAUGCGAAAAGCUGAAGCAAUGUCUGAUAUAUUAAAAACAUGUAGAGAUCCAAGACAACUUGUUAAGCAUACAAGAUUGUCUGAGAAUCUGGUUUCAAGUGCCAACAGGUUGAUAGAGAAUAUAAAGAAAAGAGUCAAGGAGACGUAAAGUUACAAGCAGUUAAACAUUAGUGGCUGAAAACAAUAUAUAGAUGGGCUGUGGGUGAUAGGGCUGCUGUGGAAUCUACAUUCAAACCGAGAUUUUCCUUUGAGUUUGGGAAUAAGUUUGCUGAUCUGUUAUUCUAUUAACGCGAAAGCUUGAUCUAACUGUGAAAGUUAUAAAAACAAAUCAUACAAAUGGCAUCUGCAGUCGACACUGACUUCUGGAGGAUCCGGAACAUAUGAAGAAUGCAACAGGAGCUGGACAGUGUUGAAGAAGAUUUUGAAUAGCAUUGGGCUCAGGAUUUUAUGUGGAUUCAAACAGACUUGAUGGGUUUAGAGUCGUCUUCUUCUACCAUUCAACAUUUAGCUCCUUGGAGCUAGAUUUAGAGGCUUGGUUUCAAUGAAGGCACCAGAAGGUUGUUUCUGAUCCAUGAAGGGAACUAUGUAAUGUGGUCUGAGGUAAAAAUUAUUAAUUUUAACUAUUUUAUGUAGUUAGUCAGUAAGGAUGUUGUUUGUUGAUUUUUUUAGGUUCCUGCAAAGUGAUGUUAAUAACGGAUAGUUUUGUUUUCUUUUAUACUUGCUAUAGCUUGUGAAUGGUAUUCCCAGAUCGCAUA